AUGAAAUAUCAGUAUAUUUACGCGUACAAAUUCUACCAUGGCACCAGUGCUGCAGAAACAGCUCGAAGAAUUAAUGAUGAGUACGGUGCUGGUUUACCAACCUCUUGGACGACCGGAGACCGUGAAGAAUUAAAGGCUACUGUGGAGGCUGAUCCAUCACAAAGCACUUCAGAGAUAGCUGCAGGCUUCGGGGUAAGUGAUAAAACUGCAUUAAUCCCCUUGAAGCAAAUCGGGAAAGUAGAAAAACUUGAACAAUGGGUACCUCAUGAAUUGAGUGAAUCGAACUUGCAAACACGUGUCGACUGCUGUGUUACUUUGUUCAACCGUGUACUUGUGAUGAAAAGUGGAUACUGUACGAUAAUCGGAAGCGCUCGUCGCAAUGGCUAA